CGACAAAACAUCCACAUUUUCACAAACUCACAAUGGCCAAGAGAAGAGUCAAGAAGCGCACCCAUGCUGGCGCAAAGCCUCCUGCUCCUGGAAUGCCCGGUCACCAGAGUGCCGCCGCCCUGGCGAGCGAGACAAGGGCGCCCAAGAGCAUGGUUAUCCGUAUCAACGCUGGAGAAGUCGGCCCAAGCAUCUCACAGCUUGUCAGAGACACCCGGCUGAUGAUGGAGCCCGGUACCGCCAGUCGCCUGAAGGAGCGCAAGUCCAACAAGCUGCGCGAUUUCAUCACCAUGGCCGGUCCCCUCGGAGUCUCACAUCUCAUGCUUUUCUCUCGCUCCGAUGCUGGAAACACAAACCUGCGCCUCUGCACCACUCCCAGAGGUCCCACAUUACAUUUCCGCGUCGAGAAGUACUCGCUUUGCAAGGACGUCCAGAAGAGCAUGCGCCGUCCAAAGGGCCAGAACGGUGCCGAAUACAUGACCUCGCCUCUCCUUGUCAUGAACAACUUCAUGCAGUCGCAGCAGCAAGCCGAUGCUGCCGCAAAGGACAACAAGACCGAGUCAAAUCCCAUUCCGAAGAACCUCGAGUCCCUGACGACGACAAUCUUCCAAUCCCUCUUCGCCCCCAUCUCUCCCCAUACCACCUCUCUCAAGACCAUCAAGCGCGUCAUGCUGCUAGAUCGCAAGCCCUCUACCGACCCAAACGACCCCCAUGCCUUCGUCCUCCAAUUGCGCCAUUACGCCAUCAAUGCCGUGACCCCCAAAUCCGCCCUACCGAAAGCCCUGCGCAAACUUGAGCAGGCUGAUCACCUCAAGCGUGGCGACAGUGCCCGUCUGCCCAACCUUGGUGCCUUGGACGAUGUCGCAGACUACCUCCUGGACCCAACCGCCUCCGGAUUCACAACUGCGUCGGAUACAGAAGCCGACACUGACGCCGAGAUUGAGGUUUUGGCCGUCGAGAAUCGCAAGGCCAUGUCGAAAGACGAGCGUCAGCGAAUUCGUGAUGCUCAACGGGCAAAGGUCAGCGGAGCCAACGCCGAAGGCAUCAAUACCGAAGCAUCUGCGCGCCCUGCUGCUCAACCUCGCAAGACAAAGACGCAGAAGAAGGCCAUCAAACUGCAAGAGCUGGGUCCUCGCAUGACUCUUCGUUUGACCAAGGUUGAGGAAGGUCUUUGUGCUGGCAAGAUCCUGUGGCACGAGUACAUCAGCAAGAGCAAGGAAGAGCAAAAGCAACAAGACAAGGCUUGGGAGGUCAAGAACAAGGAGAAGGCCGAAAGAAGACGCAUCCAGAAAGAGAACGUUGAGAGAAAGAAGAAGGAGAAAAAGGCCAACGGCGAGGAAGUCGAAGACGAUGACGAGGAAAUGCUCGAUGACGAUGACUUCGACGAUGACGUCUGGCACGAUGAGGCUGAUGCUGGUGGUGACGACGACGACGAAGAGGAGGAGUCAGAAGACGACGAGGACAUGGAGUAAAACUCCUUCUUUUCCGAAUUAUCAUCUCUUUCAUCAGCAUGCCCGUCUUUGCAUCUUGUUCAAAAGUAUGGAGUUUGUGGAGUCUCAGUGGGCCAGGAACAUAUGGUUGUGAUAUCCAAUAGUUGAGUAUGUAGGUACACUUGACAAAUCUAGACUUCUCUAUCGCAG